CUUUAAAGCGAAAUCUCUUUCUACAAUCUGUAAAGGACAUAAGAUUUUUGUGCGUUAGAUACUGCGGAAACAUAGGGUUAAUUGCACACGUUGCCCUGAAGAGGUUGAGACUGAGCUGUUCUCUCGGAGAAAGACAAUUUCUGGGGACCUUGUCAGCCUUCCCUUAUGUUAUUUUCAUCUAUUGCCAUUAAUGUGGAUUUACACAUUUUGUUCACACUUGGACCUUUUAUAUAUGCCUAAUUGGCGUUUGAUUCCAUUCAGUUAGGUUUUUUUUUGUUUUGCCGAUGGGAAGCAAACUCAGGACCGAGUUGCGAUGGGUUGAGAUUUAGCACCAACUCUUUUUAAUGCAGCAGAAUAAACAAUGAUCAUUUUCACCGAAAAUCUCCCAUAGUUUAUGCCCACUGCUCUCUUUCUUUUUUUUUAAAAAAGUGGGGUUUAACAUCUUUUGUUUUAAUUCACCACGUCGCCGAGAAUUGCGGUGAGGGGUUCAUUCUCGCCUUUCCCUCCCUCCUCCUCAAACUCUCCUACUGUUAAAGUCAUUUUUGUUUGGUCUCAAGCCUACAAUGUCGAAGGAGACCGUUACCAGCACAUCCCAAUCACAGUCCCAGAGUCAGUCUCAGUCCGCCUCGUCCACCAGCGGCACUGGAUCGAGCAGCCUAUCCUCAGCAGGCACUGUCAUCCUGGAUUCCAACCCUACCCAGGAUCUUGCUACCAUUCCAGAAGUGGAAGAAUUGCCUAAACCUUGGGGACGCCUCUGGGCGCUUGAAAAAGGAUUUUGGAACUUGGAUUGCUUAGAUGACGAGUACUGGUUCGGAAGGGAUAAAUCAUGUCACUAUUGUUUUGAUCAUCCAGUGUUGAAGAGGAAGGAGCAUUUCAAAUCGUACAGCAAGAAACACUGCAGAAUUAUCAGAGAAAAGGGCCCUGGAAGCACAUUCGUAGUAUUUAUUGAAGAUCACAGUUCGAAUGGUACCUUCCUGAAUGGCCAGAUAAUUGGAAAAGAUCGAAGAUUACCAUUGUGCAACAAUGCAGAAAUUGCAAUUAAUCAUGAAUUACACAAAGUUUUUGUCUUUUCUGACCUCACAACUGAUGACCAAUUGAACUUGCCAAAAGAGUUCCGGGAUAAAUACAUCAUUUCAAAACCUCUUGGCUCAGGUGUUUGUGGAGAAGUGAAGCUGGCAUUUGAAAAGGCAAACUGCAAGAAAGUAGCUGUGAAGAUUGUACAUAAACCCAAAUUUCCACUACUUGUGUCUGAACGAGGCGAUGCUGCUGCAAAGUGUUCCACUUCAAAUGUUGCAACAGAAGUUGAAAUUCUGAAGAAAUUGGACCAUCCUUGCAUAAUCAAAAUUGAGGAGGUGUUUGAUUUUGAAGACUCGUUCUAUAUUGUACUGGAUUUGAUGGAAGGUGGCGAGCUUUUUGAUAGAGUAGUCCGCUCAAAAGGACUUAAAGAACAAACGACCAAACUGCUGUUCUAUCAGAUGCUUCUUGCAGUCCAAUACCUUCAUGAAAAUAACAUCACCCACCGAGAUCUCAAACCAGAGAAUGUACUGCUUGCGAACAAUGAAGAGAACUGCCUCAUUAAGAUUACUGAUUUUGGUCUGUCAAAGAUCUUGGGAGAAACAUCCCUGAUGAAAACAUUAUGUGGAACACCCACCUAUCUAGCUCCAGAGGUGUUGCUGGGUGCUGGAGCAGGAGGGUACUCCAAAGCGGUGGAUUGCUGGAGCCUAGGAGUUAUACUUUUCAUAUGCUUGGGUGGAUAUCCACCAUUUAGUGAUCAAAUCAAAGACAUGAAUUUGAGGGAUCAAAUCAUAAAUGGACAUUACAAGUUCAUCCCGCAGUGCUGGGUAAAUGUCUCUGAAGCAGCAAAGGACUUGGUGAAGCGGCUGCUUAACGUGGACCCAAAUAAAAGAUUCACAACAAAGGAAGCUCUUAAUCACUCUUGGAUGCAGGAUGAAGAUAUGAAGAAAAAAGCGAAACAGCUGAUGGAUGCCCGGACGGAAUUAAUGUUGCCCCGAAGCACAACUGAUCAGUCAUCAACUGGUAGGAAAAGGCCACACGAAGAGGAUCAUCCUUCGAAUACUAAACGACCCACACUCUCUUCACUAAGCAAACCGGUUACUCAAGAUUAGGGGAAUUUGAGUGGAUGCAGCAUAGCGUUUACCUGCUGUGUGUGGAGAUCUCCAAGAAACUGCUUCAUUUAAUUUGCAUCAGGCCCCUGUGGCCCAUUUUAGUUGUUUUUUUGUGCUUUGCUUCUUUUAUUACUGUAAUUAAUUCUAUCAAUGCAUCUAAAAUUUUUCCUGAAAUCUUGUUUCAGAAUAAAAAGUUAACUGGUUUUCAUCCCAUACUCUCUGGAGACCAUAAUGGUAUAUAGUCAGUGAUUUGUU